CAAGAAUAUGAAGCUGUAGCAAUACCUUUGUUUAAAUGAGAAGUUACUUGCUUGGUUCCCUCUCCUCAGCCCUGUCACUAACACAACAAGUUGAUCACUCAUUUACUUAUAACCACAACAUCCUGACUGAAAGUGCAGAGCACAUUGCUCACCACCGUGGCCCAGCCAUGGUUUUCCUGCCAGCCCAAGUGAACAGACUCCUGUUGAUUCAAACGGUGCUGAUGAGCGUCGAGAGGAGCCUGAAGGAAGACGAACGAUGAUUUCAUAUUGCCCCGUGUGUGGAAAACCAGUCUACUUUGCUGAGCGGAAGCGUUCUCUAGGCAAAGACUACCAUCCCCUUUGUCUGAAGUGCUACCAUUGCAAACGGCAGCUCAGCCCUGGCCAGCACGCCGAGCAUGAUGACAAACCUUACUGCACCCACUGCUACCUUCAGCGCUUUGGACCCAGAGGAACAAGACCAUCAACCACCCGCUCAUCCUUUGGGGCAUCUCCUUCUCCUAAGGUUCCAGCAGAAAUCCGAAAGGGCUCAUAGAUGUCUUUCCUUGCUUAUGCUGUAGAAGCAGCAAUUUACAAAGCAAUGUCAGCUGAAAAAGGGUGUUGCUUGAACAUAACUAAUAAUCUAAACAAGGUCAGACAGCUUCCGUAAUAGAGUUCACCCUACCUCUGGUUAACAUAGCAGCUGUGAUAAAUAUAUUGUAACAGGUUAAUAGUGAACAUUGUUGAAAUGUAUAAAUGCUUGCAAAGCAUCUGUAGCUUUAUUUAGACUAAGAUAUGUGCCUAUUUUGUAUAUGUUGGUACUGGAUAAUAAAGCACUUGUGAACACCUGCAUUUUGCAGUUUUGUGUCCCUUCAUUCAGCAAAGCAUCAUGUAAGCCAGGGAAACCAAAAGUUGAAUUAAUGUCCUCAUUACAGACCCACAACCAAAGAGAUAAUUGAACUGGCUCAACAUCAUAAGCAACACAAACUGUCACUUAGAAAUACUCAGAGGGACAGCCGUGAAACCCUGUGCAAAUUAGAAGUAUCUCACACAAACAACCACUUCAGAUUUGCAAAUGAGUCUUUCAUUCAUUGAUGAAAUAAAAUAUAUGCUAGAGGCUCGAACAAUGACUAUCAAAAUAAUCACAUGCUCCAGCAUUUCACUUUGCAAA